AUGAGACUGUCGACAGCAUCUGUGGCUGUUACUGCAUUGUCCGCUUCUUUGAUAUCUUCGAUUCAACUUGCUGUGCGGUCGAGCCCUCGAGUUUUGAGCCUUCCGAUCGCAAAAAAUUCGGUGCCAGAUGUCCUCACGCGUGACCGCGCGCGGCUAAGGCGGCGGACUGGAACUGUGGAAGCCACACUAGACAACGAACUAACGCUGUACUAUGCAAACAUCAGUCUCGGAACUCCAAAGCAAUCUUUUCGCGUCCAGCUCGAUACAGGGAGCUCGGACCUAUGGGUCAAUGAAGCCAACUCAACGUACUGCGAGUCCAGCGAAGACGUCUGCCAAGGUGGCACAUACGACCGGACUUCCUCUUCGACCUACAAGUUUGCGAACGCCAACUUUGACCUGACCUACGCUGAUGGCUCCAGUGCUUCCGGCAUCUACGCCACAGACACCCUUCACUUUGGCAGCGUCACGCUGGAUUCCUUCCAAUUCGGCAUUGGGGAGACCUCGACAGCCGACAACAAUGUUAUGGGCAUUGGCUACAUGACAGACGAAAGUGAAGAUGGAACAACAGGCUCCACAUAUGCCAAUUUGCCCCAGGCCUUGGUGGCUGCCGGUCAGAUUUCCUCCAACGCCUACUCUCUCUGGCUCAAUGAUCUGGAUGCCAACACGGGAGAGAUUCUGUUCGGCGGGGUCGAUACAGACAAGUACUCGGGCGAGCUGGCCACAAUUCCUGUUCUGAAAUCAGACGGGGGCUACUCCGAGCUCGCCGUCGCCCUCACCGGCAUUUCAGUGUACGGGACGGAUCUCUCCUCGUCCUCGUCUCUGCCGACCGGCGUGGUCCUCGACAGCGGCUCGACACUCAGCUACCUUCCCGACGCGCUGGCCGAGGAGAUCUACAGCCAGAUGGACGCCACCUAUUCGUCCUCAGAGGGCUAUGCGUACGUCGCCUGUGGCGGGGGUUCCAGCAGCUCCGAUAACACCAUCGACUUUACCUUCUCUGGGAAGACAAUCAAGGUGCCGUUUGACGAAUUGAUUCUCGGCACCGCCGCCAGCAGCAACGGGCAACCCUUGAGUUUCGAGAACGGCGAGGAAGCCUGCAUCUUGGGCCUCGCCCCGUUGGGCUCAUCCAGCACCGCCGUUCUCGGCGACACCUUUCUGCGCUCCGCGUACGUGGUCUACGACCUGGCCAACAACGAGAUCUCGCUGGCCCAGACCGUCUUCAACGCAACCUCAUCCACCAUCCGCGAAAUCACGACAGGGUCAGACUCGGUGCCAGGGGCAGUGGCGGUUGCUUCUGCCGUUACGACGAUUGCAGUUGGCACAGGCGAAACCUCUGCAGCCAUGUUCGGUGUAGCAACAGCAGCCGCUUCGACAGGGAAUCAGAUAAGCACCAGCGUCAGACUCGAUCUUUCGUUGAGUGGUAUAGUUUACACUGCCAUCAUUGCGAUUCUUACGAGCGCUGUGGCUAUGAAUACCUGGCCACUUGUAUGAAGACGGAAAGAGUGGUGUAGUUUCGGUCUCUUCAGGAUGGUUGGGGCUGGUCCCAAUGUGAGGGCUGAGCACAUUCUACCGUGCUCAUGCUGCCAAGCUGCCAAGCUGCCGAUGCGCCGCUGAUCCACAGUCGAC